ACUUCCUGGUGGUAAAAUCGGAAAUAACCGAGUUUACGAGUUGGCGACGACCGACCGAAUGCACCAUUCGGUGCCAAUUUGCCGCCAAAGAUGAACGCAUAAUACAUUUUAAUUAAUUUCCGGAACUUUUUUUGUUUAAACAAGGAAGACAAUCUGAGCGAGUCUUGAAGAUGCAUGGCUGGGCUACACUAAAACACCAGCAAAAAGUGCUGGGAACGUGAUUUCAGAGAUUAUUGCAUAAUUUUGAAGAUAUGGGUCUGUAGAGUAAAUGUAACCCCCCUUUCAUUUGCUAACCAUUUUUAAUCUUGUAAUCUGGUCAACAAUGAGCCAGUACUGAACUGAGAGUGUAUAGUAAUGCAUGUCCGGGCUACACUAAAACCAGCAACAAUUGCUGGGAACACGAUUUCACAGAAAUUACUGUAUAAUGUUAAACGUAUGGGUUUAAAUAUGAGUAUUUAAUGUGCAAUUAUAUCCAACUGUAUUAGUUACAAGAAGAAGAACGACAAAAUCGCACUUAAGAAAUCAUUGCAUUUACCGAGCUUUUAGUUUGAAAUACUCUAACCGGAAGUCUCCAAUUGUUGCCAGCAACAAUUUCCAGCUUCACGGAGCUAAGCUCAUGGACCAGGAUAGUUAGAUUCUGUGGCUUAACUCUAGUCUUAAACUUAACGCUACAGCGGGCGAACACGUGUUUUAUAAAGCACUAUUAAAUCGCUGCAAUCGAGGCAUUUUGUUUUGCCCUCAUCUAACAAAACAUCACACGACAAGUCAACCGUCUGGACAUUAUAAUUACUAAAGUACCCUAACUGGCUAGCUAACGCUACCUAGAUGCAGUGUUUUAAUCAGUAGGCCUGCCGUUGCUAGCUGGCUAUGGUAAAUAUGAGUCGUAGGUACAGGUUUAUGUUGGGUGAGCAUACCCGAGGUUGAAUUCUUAGCUGCGACGUGUGGCUAAUGAAAUCUUAAUUUCUUUAUCAGUCUCUUUUUGAACAACUUCACCAUGAGUUUCGCUAGCCUGUUUUCAGGUCCACCAAACAAGGGUCUUCCCGUGGCUGAUUGUGCAAGCAACGAAAGGGAGACCGCUGGAGCAGUUAAAGCAGAGAUUAAUUUAGACAGGAAUACAGCUGCAAAGAAGAAGAGAAAGAAGAAGAAAAAGGGGGGUGGAAAUGGAUGGAUCGAUGUGCACUCCAGGAAUGGACAGCAGAAGAUAUUCGGGCAGAGGCACAUCACUCUUCCCUCCCAUGAGGCCGAUUUGGACGAGGAGCACAGGCCCAGGGUUCGGGGAAAGGUUGAGUGGUACUGGAAUUACAACGGACACACUGAGGAUAAUUAUUCGUCAGUGAAUCGUCGAAAGCGCAAGAAGAAAUGGAAUAAUCAUAGUAAUCAAAAUAAAACGGAUUUCGCCUGUGAAGAGGACCAGGACCAGUGGGUCAGUGAGGCAGCACCCCCAACUAGUCCCCCUUUCUCUUUCCCUCGGCAAAUGAGGGGAUUGUCCCUGAAAAAGGAAAAGAAGAUAGACAUCGGGGGACACGAGAAACCAAGAAAAACCAGGUUCCGUGAGAGAAACCAAGAGAUGCCAGGUCCUGGUCAGAUAGGCAGGGGUCAGAGGGGCAGAGACGGGGGAGGCAUGAGCCAAGGCCAUGGCUUCUGGAAAAACAAACCAUAUGGCAGGAACUGUGGGAAUGGGCGUGGCCGAAAGGGGGGAAUGGGUGAAGCUAAGCCUAAAGAGGAAAAAAAAGUCUUUCUUUCCGAAGAUUAUAUCAACCGACACACAGUGGAGGCCCAGGGACGACGCGUUUGUAAAUACUUCCUGAGAGGCACGUGCGUCAGAGGUGACCAGUGCAAUUUUGAGCAUGCCACUAACGUAAAGAUGAUGGCGGUGUGCAAAUUCUAUGUACAGGGCUACUGUACUAAGGAUCCCUGCAUCUACAUGCAUGAGGAAUUCCCAUGCAGGUUCUUUCAUACAGGAACAACAUGUUACCAAGGGGAUGCGUGCAGGUUCUCUCACGAGCCUCUCACUGACCUCACUAGAGAGCUGCUGGAACAGUCUCUAAACCCUGAGCCAGUGAAGACUGAAGAAUCAGAUCCGAUGGUACAGGACGACUCCUCCUUCCCUCUCCCCCCCUCCCCUCUGCCCCCUGUGGCCAAACUCACUAUUGACAUGGCUGACAAUGUGGUCACUGUCAGGCCAAAUUUCUACAACAGCACCCCUCUCACGGAAUGCCAGCCCCAGGGAAGCUCAACCCUGCCUCAGUCUUGGGAAGGUCUUAACAUACAGAGUGAAAAAAGGACCAUUCCUGCAAGGUCUCCUGGCCUAGAGAGAAGGCCCCAAAUGCAAACACACUCUCCAGCAGUCCCACACUUUAAGAUGGAGAGGAAUCUGGAGGCAGUCCAGGAUGAGCUGCUCUCUUCACCUGUGGAGGAAGGUCCUAAACCCGUUACCUCAGUCCUGAAGACCCUGUUCCUGCACCUGUGCUCCGCUUAUGAGGACCCACAGAACUCUGCCAGAGAGACAGGUGUUUCUGCAAGCGCAUCUGGGACUGAUGAGCAUGUAAAUGAACAGCCAGGCACUCUUCCGGCCAAGAAGACUCAGGCGCCGGGUAUGGUCCCCAUAAAUCAGGGGACAGAUGUGUGUGAUCGGCCGUUUGAUGCCGAGGCACAGUCCGGCCAACACAAGGGGGAGUCGGCACCCUUUUACACACCGCUCUCCGCUCAGGACAGGGAACGGAAGGUAGAGGAGGAAGGGAGGCUGAGGGACAAGCCUGUGCUGGUGCCGCUGGAUGCCAUCCCCGGCAUGGCGCGAAGGGACCCUCGCCCUGCUCCCCGUGCAGCCGCUGUCACGUUGCCCCUACCCCCGUUUGCCUACACAGUAGAGCGGGACGCUGAGGAGCCGGUCCCACUCCCCCCCCAGGUAGGCACCUCCCCCCAGAGCGGUAGCCCUACUCGUCACUUUCCUCACCCCUUGGCGGACACCCCCGAACACGCUUCCUGCAGCUGGACCUCCCCCAGGAACCUGCCUCAGGUAGCAUUCUCUGCAGUGCACAAGCUGCCCGUGCCAGCGCUGGCUGGAUUGAUCCACCCCACAUACAGCAAAGGCAGGGCAGUCAAAUCGGAGGGUGAAGACCCUGCGGCUAGGGAGACGCAGACGAAGGGAAACGUUCUCAAGGGUCUUUUUACGACCCUCCUUCCUGCGGGUGACCUAUGACCCUUCUGUUGGUGAGCGCCGACCCUCACUAACCUCGGCCAGCGACAUUGACCUGUCUCCACUGCACCCCUUUUCCGUUUUUCUGCCUUUCAAGGUGUAAAUACUCCUAGCCAGAGACUACUGUGUAGGACUCGCAAACACACACACACUCCAUAGCCCUAAGAUUUACCAUUCACUGCAAGUGUGUAGUGAAUAUAUAAUCACAGGUGUGUAGAGAAGGGCACUUCAUUUUGUAUCUUAACAGACUAUGAAGUUAGAAUUUUGCUUUUAACUGUUGGGGGGGAGGGGGGUAGUGCUUAAUGGUACAGGGAUAUGUACCACCAAAUCUGGGAAAAGACAAUUAUUAACAUUCAGUUACGUUUGAAGGAAGCAUUGUAUCAGGAAGCAGACAAGAUUUAUUUAAGUUUGGCUGAUAAAUGUCUGUUGCAUGUAUUGCUUUUUAGUUGAUUCUUAGUUGAGUCCUUACAACAGCAAGUGUGAUUCAAUAAUCUGAAUAGACUGUAAUAAAUCUAUUCUAUACAUGGAGAUACUUUACAAAUUGUGGUAAACAUAUACAUGCUGGGGCUAACACUGACUGCACACACAGCUGUGAUGUUAGGUUAUGGAUGGUCAAUUUUCAAUUUAACUUUAUUUCAUAUAUGUCCAUAGUCACUAUUUUGUUUCCUCCAUUUAGUCUAAUGUAGAGUUAAGGGACAAAACAGACCACUUCUGUGCAGUAUUUUCUGUUGUCACUAGUUAGAACAGAGCAGCCAUUACAGUUUUUUUUUUUAAAGCUAAUUACUCAAAUAAAUUAAUUUAAUUGGAAUUUUUAUGGGGUUUUUCUGGAACCAGAUUUGUGCAUUUCAAUGGUGAAGGUACAUUGUAGUAAAACAGAGUUUUAUAGUUCAUAGUUAAAAUGUAGAGGGGGGUUACGUGACAGGGAGUUUAUUUUCUAAAUAGCACUCAUUUUAAAUUCUAUCUAUUACCAUACAGAAGUACAGAACUGUAGUUCUGUUGUGCAGUUGCAUAAUGACACAGUGCUGACAAUAUCAUGACACAGUAAGUGGUGAAUGGUUGCAAAGUUGUUUUACCCAUUAAGCCUAGAUCAUCAUUAAAACCACUCGGUGUGUGCAAUAUCCCCCUAUGCCUCUGCCUUUUAGCUGAACCAGAAAGAAUGUAUGAACUGACCUAAGCAGAACCUUAGCAUCCAGGUCACUUUGGCGGGUACGAUGUAGAUCUGGUUGCGAAUAAGUAAAUCACAUCUCAGCUGUAGUGUGCAUAGGGCAAAUUUUAUUUAAUUCAUAAAUUUACUGUUGCCUUUUAUAGAAAAAAUUUAAGUUUAAAUCAAGAAACUUGCUUGUUCACAAAUGCAUACAGUGUCUGUCUAUGCAUUUUCUGAAAAUGAAAGUUGGAUAGAUUUGCAUCUCCAGAUCAUGGUGGUCUGUUUAAUUAUAUAUUCCUCUAAUAAAAUGUACAUGUAUCUUU